GUUCCCGCCCCUCCCCUGAGGGCGGGGCCGGGCGGUGCCGGCAGAUGAGGGCGCGGCGGGUGCGGACGGGGUGUCCGCUGGUCCCGCUCGUCCUUCGGUGGAGACGAACCCCCGUCCCGCUGCUGCCCGCCCCGGAUCGUCCCAAGGAGCGCCCCUGCACGUCCCGUCCCGUCCCGCUGGCCCCGCGCCUGGGAACCGCCAGCGGAAACAGGAGAUGUUCUGGGGCUGGAAUGUGAUUGCUACCGACAUCUGUCUGCACACUGACAAAGAGAAGUCUCCACCACAGAAUCAACACAGUGACAUUGCCUCAAAGUGCUCUCAGGGUGAGGGAUGAGGACACAGGGACUGAUCCACUUUUACCUGCCAGUGGCAUCUAUUUUACACGGAAUUCUGGGCUUGUGCUUAAGUAGCCAAAGAUGAGUCGUGGAUUCUCAGAAAACAAUAACUUCCCCUAUGACAACAACCAAAUGGUUUUGGAUAUGAUCCUGUGUUCCCUCAUUGGUGUUCCUCAGCCUAUCAACUGGGACAGUGUGGCAAGGCUGGUUCCAGGAUAUACAUCCAAAGAAUGUGCAAAAAGGUUUGAUGAGCUAAAAAGCAGUGGAAGUUCACCUGUUGACAACCACUAUAAUCCCCUGAUGGCUGCUGGUGGGAGUCCUGUGGAAACUUUAGCUACGUACAUCAAAUCCUCCUUGCUUGAUUCACAGACAGAGUUUCAGGAGCCUGCUAUGGGGCAGGAUUCCAUUACUAUAACUGGAAGGCCCAGUGCAGCCUCCACAAGGAGUUGUUCUUCAGAAUCUGAGAAAGAUCCUGUACAUAACAGUGGAGAAAGCACUGAUGAAACCCAGGGGCCAAAUAUGGUGAUCCAUGUGUGCGAUGAAGCCAAAAACCUCAAAGAAGAUUUUGUGUGUCCUCGAGAUCUUUUGAUUUCAGAGAUGAAAUACUUUGCUGAGUAUUUGUCAGUGGAUGCCCAGCGCUGGGAGGAGGUGGACAUAUCUGUGCACUGUGACGUUCACAUCUUUGACUGGCUGAUAAGAUAUGUCAAAAGGAACUCCAAGAAGUCUGAGGCUAAUGAAAUACCCACUUUAGAACCAUCAAAUGUCAUCUCAAUCCUUAUUUCUUCUGAGUUUCUGAAAAUGGAUUCAUUAGUAGAGAAAUGUAUUAAUUAUUGUCACAAAAAUAUGAAUGCUAUUGUAGCCACACCAUGUAAUAUGAACUGUAUCAAUGCUAAUCUUGUUACACGCAUUGCUGAUCUCUUCAGGCACAAUGAGGUGGAAGAGUUGAAGGACAAAAGAGACAAAUUUAAGAGUAAACUUUUCUGCAAGAAGAUUGAGAGACUCUUUGAUCCGGAGUAUAUAAAUCCAGAUUCUAGAGGAAAUGCAGCAACUUUAUACAGGUGUUGUUUAUGUAAAAAGUUGCUAACCAAAGAAACUGAAAGGAGAAUUCCUUGUGUACCAGGAAAAAUCAACAUAGACCAACACGGGAAUAUUGUCUAUGUUCAUAUAAGAGACAAAACCUGGGAAGUGCAUGAGUAUUUAAUUGGCCUUCACGAGGAAAUGAAAUCCUGGCGGGAUGUUUAUUGGCGUCUUUGGGGGACUGUCAACUGGUUGACCUGCUCAAGAUGUAAACAGUCUUUCCUGUGCACUGAAUUCUCCCACUGCCAGUACCAUUUGCAGCCAGUUCUUUAUCCAGGUGUAGCGAGUGCUCUGGGCUCAACUGGCACAGGAGUGUAUCCCUGUUGUAACCAAAAAGUUCUUCGGUUUGACCCUACAACCCUCCCAAAGGGCUGCAAAGUGAGGGAUCAUAUGGUGGAAUUACCUCCAGAAAGUGAAGAGGGGGAUGCUUUGCCAUCGCAAACUGCUCAGAUCUUGAAUGACCUGCUGCAUCAUAGAGAUGUUAUAGUUGUUCCUUUCACUAAGGAUGAGAAUAGCGAUUCUGGUAUUGGGCUCGGUGAUGACAAAGGCCUUGAAUGUGAUGUGCUUGUAGAACCAAAUACACCAUGGGGCCCUAAAACUGGAGAAAUCAAUGCUUUUUUGUCUCUGAAGAACUGGACUUUGCAGCUGAAGCAGCAAUCACUGUUAUCUGAAGAGGAGGAGUACACCACGGGCUCAGAGGUCACAGAGGAUGAAGUGGGGGAUGAAGAAGAAGUGUGCAAGAAACCAGCAGGAAGAAAGGAGAAAUUAAAGAAAUCCUACAGGCACCCAAAGAAAGCAAUUUCUUCACCUAGUGUUCAGAAAAGGGAGAAGCCAUCUGAUAAGUCAAGUUCCCGAGAUGCUUCUCCAUUCAUUGUGAGCAUGCAGCAGAACAAAUGGGAUGCCUCCAGGUCCCUGAGAUACAACCAAGAUGCUCAAAGAGAAGAUGAUCAGAGAAGAAUGUCUGAGAUCACAGGGCACUUAAUAAAAAUGCGACUGGGAGACCUUGAUCGAGUCAAGUCCAAAGACAGCAAAGAAUAUGCAGGAGGCAUUUAUUCUAGACUUGAAGCUCAGAUAAAAGCCUCAGCACAGGUCAGUGCACGUCAAAGCAAUGCUGAGAAGAAUCCCAGGACAAAAACCCGUUUUGGUCAAGGCCGUCCGACAUAAGGAAUCAUGGACAUGCUUUAGCCAGAACUCAUUACUGCUUCCUGAAACUCCAUUGCACUCUGACAUAUGGAGAAUGCACAUCUCUGAAAGCUUUCCGUGACUUAUUUAUUACUUUAAGCCUUGUAAAUUAUUUUGUGUUAUAAACGAAUGCAAGCCCAAUAAGGUCUGUACUUAUUUUAAUUGUAAAUAUAUUAUUUGAUAAAGUUAAAUUUGAUUGCCUUUUUUUGGCUAUUGUGUUAAGUUGCAUAGAAGAUAUUUUAUAAAUCUGCAAAAUUAAAUUAUCAACUUUAUUUAUGAGGGAAGAUACAAAUAUGCCUUUUGUAUGCUAGAAAUACUGAAAAGGAAAAAGCAAGACUACUGAAUUCUGAAUGCAGUCAGCAGCAUUAACCCAAGCCUCAUUGUGUACUUAUACUGUGUUGUAUUUGAUGGUACAUUUUAGGUCAGUCUUCUGGGGAUUUGCAUUUAAAGUCCAUGACAAUACCUGUGAUUAGACUAGUUUAAACAAAAUUUUCAUGCAGUUCUGAGGCUUCCUUAUGUACAUCACACAACUCCCACUCCUCUGAAGGUGGGUAGCAGGUAGGGACUAGACCUCCAAAGAUGCUCUCAGUGCCGUGAUGGUGCAGCAUUGCAUCUUGCAUGUGAACCGCUUGCUUUUCUUGUAAAUGAAAUCUGUACCCAUCCCCAUUCGUGACCCCUCCUGCACAGGACAGUGCUUUGUUCCCUUCUAAAACCCAAACCUUGUGAUGCAAAGCAGUUCGUUCUCUAACUGAUGCUAUGCCAUUAAAUUUCUGAGCAGAUUAGUAACACUGCACCUUUCAACACAGAUGUAUCAUUACAAAGGCUUGUGCAUGUAGAUCUUUUGAGUCUAGUUACUCCCUGAAACCUGCCUGAUUAACACUGUUUAGAAGUCAGAUGCACUUUCAAGUUCUGUAUUUGGAGCAAUAGACCACAAAUCCAGGGCUACCAAAAUGAAAUAACUUGCCUAGAAAAUAUGUUACAUAUUAGCAGAGAAAAUGGCAAUAAUAAUGAUAAUAAUAAUAAUAACAAUAAUGAUGGCUGAAUUCAAGGAAACACGUUCUGACUUUUUGAAACAGGUAGAAAGAGAGCUCAGGGAAAGCUUAUUCCAACUCCUGGCUGUACAAUAAAUUGUGAGUUUGGAAUUAAGUCAGCAAGUUUCUGGGUGGGAGGGCGGGGUGGGGUAAGGAGAGGGAGAUGUGUUUAAAUGCUCUUCUCUCCAUUUGGGCUUUUUUUUGUCUUGUUUCUUGAUGAUUUUUGGUAGGGUUAGAAGACUAGGAUAGCAAUACUUGAAAAUACUGCUGUCAAGGUGGAAGAUUUUUAUUGAAACAAUCAGUGUUCCUUGUGUGUUUUGUCCAGUGCUGUAGCAAAUUUGGAGCCCAGUGAAACCAACAAGCAAAACUGGAUUUCAAUGGCUUUGAUAUCAAGUGGGAGCUGUAACUUUGCAGGAGUGCUUUAAUCUGUUAUCAAAUAAAUAAGGCUUUGUGAAUCCCUCAGGCCUGUUUGCAAGUUCUAAUGCAGUUUGAAGCACUUGUAGUCAAUGUUGGAAAACUGAUUGUUGUUUGUUGAAAGUAUUAACCAACCCAUCACAUAUGAAAAAUGCAGUAGAAAAAGUGUUUUGCUACAAUUUUGUGACUUCUGAUAGAGGGUUGUUCCAAAUUCCCAUGGUAAACCUGUGGUGAAAGUUGCAGGCUGCAUGUAUGUGUGUUUAGUUUUCAUAGAACUACUGACUAGAAGAAAAAGGAAAAUUCUGCUGGUUUUGUUCUGUGGGGAAGUGCCAGUUCUACAUGCCAGUAUUGUUUUGCGCAAAAAUAUUCUUGAGCAUAUACAAAUAAUAUACAUGAUGUGCAGUCUUAUCUUUUUUCCCCAUGCCAACCACCUUGAAUUUUUAUCUUGUAUUAAUUUUGAAAUUUUGUCUUGGUUUAAUGGAAAUAAAAAUUAUUAAUUUAA